AGUCUUUCAUGGAAGUGAAAUGUCCCAAGAAAGCAACAGAGAACUUUGUGGAAAAAAAAUAAUAAUAAUAAGAAAGCUGUCCAAUUAACAUUAACUCCAAUAUGUAUCCCAUCAAUCCAAACAGGAUUCUAAGGUGUGAAAACUGGUCUUAAAAUUCAAAGCUCAAUUUCCUUAAAAGUCUCUUUUAAGGUAUUGAAUUUCUAUCCUCAAUUUUAAGCCUCCUCUGUUUCUUGCUCUGUUUUUUCACCUAUGGUGUUUCGUCACAGAAAGCUCUUUCUACCAGCCCCAACAAAUUGUACAUUUACUAAGCGUACACAAAAUUGUGUAUGCCCGAAUAACUGGAUGGAUUGUCCUCCUCCGUCAACGCCUUCGUCGCCACGACCACCACCGCGGCCUAUAUAUCCAGAUCAUAAUCAAGAUGGUGGUGAUGGUGAUUAUGACAACAUAAACACCCAGAAACACAUAGUCCAAACCAGUUUAACAGUCACUUCUUCAAUGGUGGUCGGUGCUUUUGUUCUCUGUCUCAUUUACAUGGUGUUGAAGAAGUACUUAGUCAGAAGGAACAAUUCCAGGACAAGAAAUUUGCCGAUCAUUUUCCACACCCAGGAUGAUUUUCUCGAUGAAGAUCAUGGUCCCGUAAUUGACCACCCCAUCUGGUUCAUCAACACCGUUGGUCUCCCACAGUCUAUAAUCGAUUCCAUCACCGUCUUCAAGUACAAAACAGAGGAGGGGCUAAUUGAAGGAAAAGAGUGCUCUGUUUGUUUGAGUGAGUUUGAAGAGGAUGAAAAUCUUCGUCUAUUGCCCAAGUGUAGCCACGCUUUUCAUCUUCCUUGCAUUGAUACAUGGUUGAGAUCUCAUAAAAAUUGCCCGCUUUGUCGAGCACCUAUUGUCUCCGAUAUUUUCGCUGCAGCCGCUCAGGUAAGUGUUUCUUCUGAACCAAGAGUGAAUGAUUCUGAUCAUAACCAAGAAACCCAGAUAGAAAAUUCGGAUAACAAUGGUGGGUUAGCAAGCAAUAACGAAAUUGGAGAAGAAACUAGUGGAGUUAGGGGAGAAGAAGAUAACAAUGGUGAAAAUGGAAGGAACAGUGAAAACCCAAUAAAGGGUUUGUCUGAUUCUGUUCUGGAAAACAAUAAUUCUGGAAUUCUGAGCGAUUUGGAUGAGAGAAGAGGAGAGAUCAAUGAAGAAGAAAUGCAACAACCAGUAAGGAGAUCGGUUUCGGUGGAUUCUUCUGCAACAAUGAUAUGUAGGGAUGUUGCUAAUUUUGUUUCUGAUCAAGGAAAUUCAAAUUCCUCCCAGUUGGUGGACGUGAAGAGUUUGAAUUCCAAACGGAGCAGUGGAAAUUUAAGCCUGUACAAACUGGUGAAUUCAUCAAUUGGGCGUUCUUUGCAGAAAGGUUCUGUUCCAAUGAAAAGGUCGUCUUCUUCAUGUAGCAGAAAGUUCUAUUCAUCCAGACAUUUCAGGAGCCAGAGCUCAACUCUUCCUAGGUGAAAGAGUUUUGGCUUUUGCAAUCUGUUUUUUUUCUUCUCUCUUCUUUUUGUGUCUAGAGCCUCCUCAGUGGACAUUGAUAUUAUUAAUAUAUUAUAUGAAUAUUAUUAUUACCAAAUAUAUAUAUACACAUAUAAUAUAUAUGAAUGCAUUGUAGCUGCUUUGUUUUGUUGCUACUGAACAGAGCAGAAUGAAGCUUGGUCCUGUACUGAAGCUCUCCUUGAAUGGAGAUUUUUUUGGGUGCCAAAAGUUUCUACUUAUAUAUGUAUUUUAAGAGACUGUCUCCUGCACUGUGUAAACUGUGAGGAUCCGGGAAGCUUUUUGUUGAUCACAUUAUGCUUUAAAUCUGUUUAUUUCUAAACCAUCGAAGUAUGUUUCUCCCAAUUAUAUAUCAUAUAGAAUGUAUGAUUUUGCGAUA